GGGGGGCUCGACACCACUAUAAAAGCUAACGUCGUUGCCCCUAGAAAUCGUAGUCACACCAGUGUUCAACACAGGAAAAUCUAACUUACUCCAAUCAUCAUGAAAAUCUUCAUUGCCCUUUUCGCCGUCUUGGCCGUCGUUGCUGCUUACCCAUACGAGGAUCCAUGGGCACAACAAGCUUGGCAACAACAAUCAGCAUGGCAAAAACCAAUUGUAGUUAAAUCAGAUCCUUGGCAACAAUCUGGUUGGCAGCCAUCUGUUUGGCCACAACAAUCAGCUUGGCCACAACAAUCAGCCUGGCCACAACAAUCUGCUUGGCCACAACAAUCAGUUUGGCCACAACAAUCUCAUGGUUGGCAACAGAAGCACGUUCAACAUGUUGAUGCCAUCCACGUCAACCAACCACAUCCAAUUCCACCACUACACCCACACCCACUUAAACUUCAUGGUAACGACCAUGUAACACAUAUUCACUACGCCAAACCACAUCUCCCACAUCCACAUCUUAUUGGAUACGAAGUUGAAGUUAAAGAACCAGAAGUCAAGCACGUCAUCAAGCCAGCACAUGGAUGGGCAUGAAGAUAUUCACAGUGAUAACCGAAUAAAUCCAACUGGUCCAUUGAUGGUCCAAAUUAAAUGCAUGGCAAACGACUGACUAUUUUGUCAAGAAACAAUAAAUUUAAAAAAAAAACAAUACCAUUUUUAUUCAACAAAAAAGUUUUGGAAAUCAAUCAUAUUUGUCAGCAAAGAAAAAACAACUUUUUGAAAAUUAUAUAUUUGGUGAUAAUUUGAUCAAUCAAAAUAAUCAACAUCUGCAACAUGGAUUGUUGAUUAACAUGGACCAUCAUAGGACACAGGACCACGGCUACCCGACAUUUUAAUAUUAUUUUAAAAAUUUAAUCACAUGAAUAAAUUCCACCCAUAUAAACAUA